UCGCACAGUCUGACGAACGCGGCCGAGCGUUGAUGCGCCGCGGACGGACGGACAUGGGCCCCGCGAGCCUGACGGACACACGGGCCCGAGCUCAGGUUGCGCGCGAGGAGCCGGCGUCUCACAGGACACGUGACCCGUGACCCCCGCGUCGGCGGCUUCCACGCACCCCCAUGGCCCUGUCGCAGCUGCAGUGCCUGGACGACAACCACGUGAACCCGCGCACGCACGAGUCCAAGCCGGACUUUCUCUACUGCGAGGACCAGCGGCUCGCGCUGGAGCUUCUCCUCCGCGAUGGUCGCGAGGCGUUCGCUAAGUUCGUGGAGGCUCGCGGCCUGCGCGGCUUCCUGUCGGACCCGGAGCUGGAGACCCUCGUGGCGGCGGCGGAGCCCUACGACCCGGACUCCGAGCUCUUCGCGGGCAACGCGGAGGACGACGAGCCCCCGCUGUCGCUGCACUACUGGCCCGAGCUGUCGGACACGUCCGCGCCCAACAUGGACCUCGGCUGGCCGGACAGCGACUCGUACCGCGGGGUCACGCGCACCACCGUGUACACGCAGCCGCCCCUGGACGGCCAGGCGCACGUGAAGGAGGUCGUCAGGAAAAUGAUUGCGCAGGCGCAGAAGAUGAUCGCGGUGGUGAUGGAUGUCUUCACUGACGUCGACAUCUUCAGAGACUUGCUGGACGCUGGUUUCAAGAAGAAGGUGUCCGUUUACGUCCUGCUGGAACGCACGACGCUGCCUCAUUUCCUGUCCAUGUGUCGGCGGGCCAACAUGCACGCCGGACACCUCAAGAACCUCCGCGUCCGCUGCACAGAAGGAACCGAGUUCUGCACUCGGUCCUGCACGAAGGUCAAGGGGCGGAUGGGACACAGGUUUAUGUUCAUCGAUGGAGACAAAGCCGCGUCUGGGUCGUACAGUUUUACCUGGAUGUCCUCACGACUGGACAGAAACAUCCUCACGGUGAUUACGGGCCAGGCGGUGGAGGCCUUCGACCGGCUCUUUCGCAUCCUGUACGUGACCUCCAGCUUCGUUGACCUCCGGCAGGUCGCCACCGAGCCGGAGCCGGAACCGGAGCCGCUCCCUCAGCCGGUCGCCGUGGUCCUGCCCUCGGCCGCUCUCGCUAGGAAGCUGCACAACCCCAAAUACGCCCUUGUGGCUGCAGCCAGCACUCCUCCUCCGGCUGAGAACAACAGCCCCAAAGAGCCCUCAAAUCCAGUGAACUCAAAGAACCCAGAUGUCCCAGAAUCCAACAAGAGGAGGCAGAAGCGGGCCAGUAAAGAAGCUGUGCAGGACCUCCCUCCCCUCCAUCCUGGACUUACUGACUUAGAGAAAGCGUGCUUGAUCAUGUAUCUGCCCACAUGGCCUGAGCCUGACCCCCCCAGUGAUGUCAUAGGGUUCAUUAACAUCAGGGAUGCCAGCAAACCCACUCAGGUCCAUUUGCAGCGAUCUGAGAUGUUUGAAACCAGUCAAGCGAUCAGGUUCAGCAGUCCGUUCCACGUGCCAAAGGAAAUCUUGCCAGAGGUUGCCAAGCCCAGACAGCUCACUGCUAAACCCAAGCAGAUGCUCAAACCUCAGCCAGCACAAGAUAACACCAAAGCAGGAGGGUCUAUGCCGCACAGCGCUGCACCAGCACAAGUCAGUGCACAGCCUGGAGACAUCAAACGUGACAAAGAGGAAGUAGAGGCAACACCUGCAUCUGGGAAAAAGAGCGAACCUGCCAGGGACGCGGCUGCGCUCACAACAGACCGGCCCGCUAGCCACGAUGCUUCACCUCAUGCAGCUGGACACACACCUCCUGAGACCCACAAUCAUCAGCCAUUAUGCAACACGCACAACGUCGCUACAAACAGUCCCAAGCCUGAACCAAACCAAGUAGACGCAGGUUUAAACACACAAUGUGUUGAGCUGAGGACUCAGAGCUUGGAGUCCAACAGUAUACAGUCUCCACAUGUGCAGGUCUGCUCCAACUCCAGCUCAAACACCCAACCCCACAUCAAAGAAAUAACAAAUUCCCACAGACAGGCUGGUCUCACACAGCCACAAACAUCUGAAACGAGCCCUAACGUCCAGGCUUCCACCACCUACAGCCACAAUACUACAAGCUCUACUGCUGGAACUCAGUCUGACAGAUCCUCCUCCCUGUCUGAAAAUACACACAAUCCUGUUACUACUGAAGUCUGUGGUCCUUCAUCCUCCAUGGUUUCCCCUUCCACUCCAACUGUUCAUCCAUCCUUGCCUCCCCCAAUCCCUAAACCCCGUACUGUCCAGCUGGUAAUCAAACAUGAUGGCACAAGCGAUGGUAAGAAUCUGCCGGAGAUCAGUGUCGUCAGGAGAACAGGGAAGCCGGAAAGCGCAGAGCCGCUGGUGGUGCAUAGGGAGCGUGAUGAAGCAAACGUGGAGAAGUCGCCACCAGAGAAUAAGAAAGAGACCCCCCCAGAACUGCAGACCAGCAUACGGCCACAGAAGGAAACAGAGCACACAGGAAAUCCUGAAGAAACACCACAACAAAAACAGCGUGUGACUUUCCAGAACACAAAGGAUGAGGAAGCAGGUGGACUGUACGAUAACGAAGCAGAAACACAAGCUCAGUCGGACGGUUCGAUUACGGACCCUCCAAAGGCAGGAGGUGGGAAUAUUCAUGAGAUUCAAACAGAAGUUGAUCCCAAACGUUUGCCACAAACGGAUUCUGAAAUCACCUCCAGGACACAAACGGAACAAACAGCCACGACACUGAUGGAUGCAGAGACCCCAGAAGGAACCCAAACGAACUCUGAGAGUGUUCAAGUGCCGAAGGAGAAAAAUGAGACGCCGCAUCCAAGUCAUCCAAGAGCAAAGGAACCUCCGAGAAUGUCACCAAGUAAAAUGAAUCCACAAGACACCGGUCCAUUAGAGACUGGGAGUUCUGUCAGUGCCUCAACACACAGGCCUGUGUCUGACUCCAGUUCUUCACAGAGAGAUGAUGUGGAAGAAAACUGUCCACAAGAAAGCGCUAACCACAACGACGGCAAUGCAAAUAUGACGCAGCCUCACACGGACACUAAUAGUGUCUGGACAGAAUCCCAGCGGCCAAACCCGACCAAACCUCGGGGGGGGUCCCACACUCCAGAACGACCCCUGCGCCUCCACGUCUGUGACUCGCAUGUUCCAGACCUGCGCUCGCCGGAUUCUGAGCGAGGUCUGCGGUCGCUGCUACGUAGCCCAACUCCAGACGGAUACACAUCCUGCACAUCCACUCCAGAGUCACGCACGGGGCCUCGGCCCUUCACUCCGGACCUUCGGACCCCUACACCCGAUAUGAGCGAUGGCUACAUGUCGCUGAGGGACGACUCCUCCACCUCGGAGGAGUAUUAUGAAUGUAGUGACUCUGUUUCCCACGACCCAGAGUCUGACAACCAUGGGACAGAAGAGGAUCGUGUUGUCUCCACAAACACUACACCCGUUCCCACCACUGCCGCUAGUCCUGCAUGCAUAAGUAAUAGCUCUCCUGCUACUGUGUUAGGCACCGCAGACAGGAUCAGCUCCAGCAGUGACCUGCAGAGUUUGCCAGGGCCUGUUAGUGUCUCCUCCUCCUCUGUGCUGGAGCAGGAGCCGAAAGAAGGGACAAAGAAGAAAACAGUGAAUGUAGAAAAUGGAGGCGGUGAAGAUGAUGAAAAGGGGAGGAAUGUAGCAGAGAGGAGAACAGAGCGGGUUUCCUCUGGGACAGAGAGGAGAGGCAACGAGGAAGCUAAGAAAGCUGCAAACCCACUAAAGCAAAGCAGAGAUUUGACAGAGGUGGUGGAAAAAGACAAAGUGUCCCAACCCCAAGCUCCCAAGAGGAAAAAGGCACUGAACAAAUCGGCAUCAGAGAGUCUGGUCGAUGGAGAACCGAUUCCGGGAAAGUCCCCGACCCAGGGGACGGAUCCGAAGCGAUUGUCCUCCGCCGGCCUCCAACCAGAUGAGGUUCCUCCUGAGGCAGAGGAGGCAAACGAAGACACGGCAGCGAGGCCCGGCGGCGUGGACAAGAGGGACCGAGACGGGCAGAAGCUUUUCCACAGUCUUCCCAAGCUUUCACAGUCAAAGCAGCAGGAAACCGGCUGCUCUCCUCCCUCCCGGCCCCUCAGACCCCCUCGACUCCUCUCAGCCGCCCGGCCUUCGGUGACGCGUCUCUGGGGAGGCCAUCAGUCCAACCUGGCAGACAGCAGGCUGCUCUCUGGCAGCUCCCAGGCCCUGGAUAACGCCUCAUCUCGCCGCAGACCUACCUCCGGACCGGGCCCUCCGGCGCCGGGCGCCGUCGGGUUCACCGCUGACCAGAGGCAUGGCCGGCUCUACCGCAGCCAGCAGAACCUCGCUUCUCUGCAGGAACCAGCAGUGCAGGGAAGGACCCGAGUGGGGCAGGCGCCGAACGAGCCUCCCCAGAGAAAACCAGGCCCGGAGGCACGCGGGCAGGAUGGAGCGCGGUCCCCGUUCACCAUCACCUUGGGACGGCUGUACAGUCUGAAGGGUCUGAAGGAGAAAAUGAGCAAACCUCCAGCGCAGGGCAGGAGAGGCAGCACCAGCUCUCCACUGCAGCGACACAAGAGCACGAGCUAGAGAAGGUUCAAAACCUGCACCAUAACUGAAAUAAUUCACCUCACAGCCAGAAGGACCCGCGUGCGCUCCCUUUGGGUCUGCUGCUUCCUCCCACCUCCAGCUGUGCACAGGUGUGAUUUAAAAGGCGCAGCUCCACUUGCUUCUACUAAGCAGGCGCCGCGAGCCCUUUGUGCCGAAUCCCCUGCUUCACAGCUGGACUGGGAUUUACCUCAGGUGCACGUUGUCGGAGGGCGUUCCCGCUUCCCUUUGUGCCGUCUCGGCAUCGGGAGGAUAAUUAAUUUAAACUAGCCGUUUACUGUGGAAGUCAGUUGAGCAGAGACUGAUGCACCGCUUCCUCCAUGUUACAGAGAAUUGACGUUCCACGUUCAGAGUGGGAAUGCAAAUACAGUUUAGUUUGUUCCAUUUGUAUUUUACUCCUGUGUUCAUGUUCAUCUGUGUGAUUGUAACUCCAACUUAUACUUAAUGGUGUUUUCUUUGCCAGGGCCUUUUUUUUCUUUUAUUUGUUAUCAGAAAAGCCUGAAGGGGUCAAGUUAUUGAUUCAUUCUUUGUUCUCGCCAAAUCCCAUUUCCAUUCGAAAUGCUUUCUGCCUCGAAGACAAAGUCGCAGCCGUUGGUUAUCUGCAGAAAUGAGUGGAAAAAGCGCAGACGGGACGCUGCUCCCCAUGUCCCACAGUUCACAGGUACAGCAACUAGAUGCUGGCGAGUUCCCAAGUAGGAAGUGGAUAGUGGCUAAAAACCCUCUUAUGACGUCAUGAUAUCGUAAAAAACAAACAGAAAUGGGACGUUUCCCGUCCGUCAGGUGAUUGACAUGAGCUGGUGCCUGUUUGUGUGUUGCUGCAUCUGCUGUGUGCUUAUCCUUGGACGCAGGCUAACUUUGGGGUCGAUUUCUUUUGCAGUAAAAAGUGGACUAGCUUUAGUCAUCUUGAUGUGAAAUAUAGAUUGUGAUUUAUGGAUGGCAGCCCUUUAGAUCUGUGCUCCGUAUAGCAAGAUACAGCUUAAUCAUGCAGCACUUAGAGCAGAUGAAAGUCUGAACGCUUCAGCUUGGAAGCGUUCACUUUGGAAAGUUAGAGAGAAGCAGGGAGUUCUAGUUCAGCCCCACUUUGCCUUAGGAAACUCCAGCUGUGUGUUUUUAUUAUAAUCCAUGUCAGACAAUAAUGAAUCGCCUGAUUCACGACCCCAGUGUGGAUCUUUGUUACAGUGUGGUGUGUGCGCUAAUAAAAGCUGAUGAUCGACUCACCUGGACCAGUCGUCAGCUGGAGGAGCUGAUGUCUGAAUACAGGCUGCUGUUUGUUCCUGACACGGGCUCAGUGACGGCACCUGGAUGCGGCUGUGGUUCCGCUCAGACUCUGCUCCGCUCCUAUUUAUGUUGAAUGUCAUCCGGGCCGUUCGUCUUUUAUGUAACGUUUUGGGGCGACAUGAAAGCGUGCUCCAGAGAAAAGAAAAGCAAGUACAAGGAAUUAGAAAUGCAAAACACAAACAGCAAGAUUUUGGAUGCUCUUUGUUCUUGUUCUUCAUUUCUGACUGUGACAGUGAAAAGAGAACCUUAAUGAAAGAGGUUGACAGGGCUGUUUACGCGGCCACGGACGUGAGAUGGGCUUUAUCAAUAGAUUUCUGGGUCACACGUCCUGGAUUUAAGCUGAGUCAGUGAGAAAGUGGAGGCUCAGAGCAGCAGUGAUUGAGAUACAGACGUCAGAUAGAGAGCGAGACAGAAACAGAAAAAGCCUCCUUAUCGGUAGAAACUCACACCCAGACGCCGAGGAACAGAGAGAAACUGCGAGUGAUGCGGGAGGCGGCGAGAUGCGGCGAUAAACGCACGAAGCGACUUCAGCAUCCCGUCAGUGAGACGAGGCCCGAGGGCGAGUUUCAGCUGCAGCGUUUGAACCCAAACAACAGAAAAAGAUGAGUUUGCUUCACAGAAAUGAAUGCACAUUUUGUGUUACUGAGUGUUUAUUCAAUGUGAAUAAAUGUGGGUUUGACUGAAA